AUAUAUCGAUAUAGGCCAGAAAUUAACUUUAAACAGCAGUGUCUGAGAGCAAGAUUUGCUAUAUAAACAGCAGCCAUUUGUAAAAUAGAGUGGCUUCCCCCUGAAUCUGGCGCUAAAAGCUUAUAAAAAUAAAACUUAGACAAGAUGGCUGCUAUAGUAAAUGAGCAUGGUUGCAUCUGUUGGAAACAUCGCUAGUCUUCAUUUAUUACGGAAAAGUUUUAAUUCAAUUGUUUAAAAACAGAUUGUUUGAUGUCAUUCUUUAUUAGCCUGCAUUAUGGCUUCCAAACAAGGUAACAUAGAACUGAUCACCCUACAACCACUUGGUCAUGUCCCAAGCUGUCCACAUGGGCCUACACUACUAUUUGAGCGCUGGGAUUACCAGUCUAAAAAACCUCGCAGGUUUUAUGCAUGUUCUGCAUUUCGAGAUAGGAAAGAAUGCAGUUUUUUCCAAUGGGAAGAUGCCCCAUCUAAAAAUCUUAUGUCACUUCAUCAAACAAUGCCACAAUUUUUACACAAAGUUUUAAGAAAAAGAUACAUUAAAUUUAAGAAAUUGCCUAAAAACAAUAGAAAUGUAUGCUGCACUUGUAGUAUGCUGUUAUUAGAUAACGAAGUUACAGAACAUAGAGAAAAGAACCAUGUUAUAAAGAAGAAUGUUUUGCUGAAGGAAUUGAGGUGGCCAUCUUUAUUGUUCACACCACUUGAUGAUAAUAAAACUUUUGCACAAUACUUGUUUUCAAAAUCCACUAUUGACUUUAUCAUAAAAACUUUACAUCAACUUGGCUACAGCCAUAUUCUUUGUGUUGGCACACCUAGAAUACAUGAAGCAGUUCAAAAUAUAAGAAAGUUGGGGGAUAGAUCAAUGUCAUCAAUGUUGUUAGAUCUUGAUGAGCGUUAUGCGCAGUUUUUUCCUCCAGCACUGUUCACAAAGUACAAUAUGUUUAAUCAUCACUUCUUCGAUGCUGAAGGAGAAACAAGAGUGCGACAGUUUGUUGGGGAAGAUGUUGAUCAUGUGAUCCUUAUCACUGACCCACCAUUUGGUGGGAUGGUGGAAGCACUAGCCAGUUCAUUUUUAAAAUUAUCACAGAUGAGAAACAGUUUUAUAAAUGAUGAACAAGAUAGCCUCAUGCCCAUUGUUUGGUUCUUCCCCUACUUCAUGGAAAGCAGGAUAUUAAAGCAGCUUCCAGCUCUAGCAAUGUUAGACUAUAAGGUAGAUUAUGACAAUCACAACCUGUUCAACAACCAACACAAGAAGAAAGGUUCACCUGUUAGAAUUUUUACCAACAUCCCUCAAGCACAGUUUGUUCUGCCACCAGAGGAAGGAUAUUGGUUUUGUCAGUCAUGUAAAAGGUUUUCUUCUCAAGAAAAUAAACACUGUGAAGAUUGUGAUUCAUGCACAUCAAAGGAUGGAACAACAUACACGCACUGUUAUGCAUGUAUGAGAUGUGUAAAAUCUUCUCGUAUCCACUGUCAGAAGUGUAAAAAGUGUGAACUAAAAACUCACGUGUGUGGACAGUCUGUUUCAGCAGGUUGUCACAUCUGUGGGGAUGUGAGCCAUAAAAGAAGAGAGUGUCCCCAGAGAGCUGUUUUAAAUAGUGAAGAUUCAAGAAAUAUCAAAAGGGCUGUAAAAAGAAAACAGAGUGCAUCACCUGCUGCUGGCAGAGUCAAGAAACACAAGAGGAGAUAGCAUGUGUUGUGGGGUGUGUUAGCAUGUGUUGUGGGGUGUGUUAGCAUGUGUUGUGGGGUGUGUUAGCAUGUGUUGUGUUAUUUGUUAACUAGUGAUGUGUGUACAAUUGAUGUGUUAGUGUGUAAGGUAUUUACAAGUGCUGUGUUAGCAUGUAAUAUGUAAGCAAAUUUGUUAGCACAUUAUUAGUUAGCAAGUGUUACAUUAGAAAAAGAGCUGUUGGUAUGUGUAUGUUUAUUCAUGAUUUGAAGAUUAAAGCUGCUGAA